UGAGGCGGUUAACGGAGGCGUCGCUCACACCUUCACUCCUCUUCCGCGCAGUGACAGCUGAGCUUCCCCUUCCGGCAGCCGCUGCGGAGGCGGCGGUGGCCUUUCUUCCCAGCGUAGUUACCGGCUAUCACCAUUUCUUCCUUCAGAGGUCUCCAUCUGCAGUGGUGACUAUGGGAGCUGGAGGCGCUCGGCAUCUCCUGCUCCUCUAUGCGGCAGUUGCUGUAUUUGGUCAGACUUUGGAUGCAGAUGUUGUAGAAGAGUUAGAUGAAUCAUUUAAAGACAAUCGGAAAAAUAGCAUUUGGCUUGUAGAUUUCUAUGCGCCAUGGUGUGCACACUGCAGAAGAUUGGAACCAGUUUGGAAUGAAGUUGGUUUAGAAAUGAAAAGGCUACGGUCUCCAGUUAAAGUUGGAAAGAUGGAUGCUACUUCCUAUACUAGCAUUGCUUCAGAGUUUGGAGUUAGAGGAUAUCCAACUAUUAAGCUAUUAAAAAAUGACCUGGCAUAUAACUACCGAGGGCCCAGAACUAGAGAUGAUAUCAUUGAGUUUGCUCAUAGAGUAUCUGGGGCUCUAAUCCGUCCACUUCCAAGUCAACAGAUGUUUGAACAUGUGAAGAAGAGGCAUCGUGUAUUGUUUCUUUAUGUUGGAGGAGAGUCACCUUUAAAGGAGAAAUACAUAGAAGUAGCUUCAGAAUUAAUUGUUUAUACCUACUUCUUUUCGGCCUCAGAAGAGGUUAUACCUGAGUAUGUAACCCUGAAUGAGAUGCCUGCUGUGCUUGUUUUCAAAGAUGAAACUUACUUUGUAUAUGAUGAGUAUGAAGAUGGCGAUCUUAAAUCAUGGGUCAACAGAGAGAGAUUUCAGAAUUAUCUUACUGUGGAUGGCUUUACCCUCUAUGAACUUACAGACACAGGAAAACUUAUUGUCAUAGCAGUUAUUGAUGGGAAAAAUGCAACAGUUGAGCAUACCAGAUUACAGGAAGUUAUUCAGGAAGUAGCUAAAGAUUAUAGAGAUCGUUUUCACAGGAGAGAUUUUCAGUUUGGACACAUAGAUGGAAGUGACUAUGUAAACAACAUGCUGAUGGAUGAAUUGAGUGUUCCAACUGUAGUUGCAAUAAAUACUUCAAACCAUCAGUAUUUUCUGCCAUCUAGACAUAUUGAGAGUCCUGAUGAUGUGAUGCAGUUCAUUAAUGAUAUUUUGGAUGGCACAAUAGAAGCCCGGGGUGGUGAUGGAAUUUUGCAGAGAUUGAAAAGAAUAUGUUAUGAUGUCAGGACUACUAUUGUGUCUGUAUUCAGAAGCUCACCAUUUUUGGGCUGUUUUCUCUUUGGCCUGCCACUGGGUGUCAUCAGCAUCAUGUGUUAUGGAAUCUACACGGCUGACACAGAUGUAGCUUAUACAGAAGAACGAAUUGAAGUGUCUAAACAGGAAACUGAAACUAGGGAUGUAAGAGAUGAAGGCAAUGAGGAAGAAAAGAAGGAAGAAAACAAUGGGAAUUCUCUGGUACUUUCAGAUGCAGAGCAGGAACCCAAAGAUAUAUUGGAAAAGAAAAAUGACUGAGUCUUCUGUGAUUUAGGUUAUUUGAUAGGAUUUCUAAUUAAAAAAAAAAACUUAUUUAUUGAAUUUAGCCAUUUAAUCAUGAUCUUUGCCGAGGAAAACUUCUGAUCUGUAUUUUGCUAAUAUUGAAUCCAUGGACUAAAAUCUUCCCAUAUUUUGGGGAAAAGGUGGCUCAUAUGUAUAAGAAAUGAAAUAUUUAUCAAUCUUUUUUUUAAGCAGUCUUCAAAGUUUACUAUUGAUAAAAACAUCAUAGUAAGAAACUAAAUCAAUUUGUAUAUUCCUUUAUCUGAAUAUUAUCUGACAAAGUUGAGGUUCUGGGGCAGAAUAUUUUCAUCUGUCAGUCAGAAGACACGUUUUCACUUAGAACUAUAAUAACACUCCCAAUUACAUUUUUGAAAACAAUUAAAAGUAGGUGUUUAUUCUGGCCGUUUCAAAGACAGGUACUUUGAAUGUGUAAGACUUGUAAUGAUUUCUCCCAUAUGUAACAAUUCAUGUCAUUCAGGCUUUGGUAGAUAAAAAUAAUUUGACUUUACAUAGCAUGUCAGUUUUAUUUUAGUGGUUAAAAGGAGAACAGAUUUUACUUUUUUGCUUUAUCAUAAAAUCUGUGUAUAGGUGUACCCCAAACCCCAAAUCAGCAACCCUAUACUUGCUUAACCCUAUGUCUUAAGUGAAAUUACUUAAAGAAAUAUUUUUAAAUCAAAGUUGUUAGAUUCGCAGUUAUGCCAUGAAAAUGUACACUUCACCGUAUAGGCUGUAUUUAGGUAACAGUGUUUUUAAAGUUGUUGACAUAAGCUUAUUAUGACAGGUUAUGUAACAUUAUAAAACAAAAACUCAAUGUAAAAAGCUAUCUAUUAAGGUCAUCUUCUACACCUCUCCCCAUUGUCCCUAUCCUUUCAUUUUAUAUGCUUAUUUAAAUACUGCACUAAAUCUAUACAGAGUGAUAUCUACAAAUUUUUAUUUUUACAUGACAGUGUAUUUAUUUUAGUUUGGGUUUAUAUUUUAUCAUUUUUAUUUUAGCUACCAUAUGAACAGUAAACUCUUAGUUGUUUGUGUAUUUAAUCAUAAAAUCAAGUUAUCCCAUAUAAUGUAUUUUUCUUUAGUAGUCAAUUAUAAAAAUGAUUUCUAAUUCAAGCCCAGGAUACUAAAAGUGUAAGUUUUCUUAUUUUCUGUUCCCAGGGAGCUAACCUUUGAUUAGCACUGAUGCCAUGAGGAUCACCAUAGAAACUAAACUUAAAUUCUUGAUUUUACAAUCACUGAGGCAAUAUUAAGAUCAAUUUCAUUAUGAUCCCUUGGGCUUAUAUUUUUUAAUGUUUCUUAUUGUAGCACUCAUUCUUUAAAUACAUGCCAGCUUCAUUACUUUUUAUAAUGAAACAAAUAUGCUAUGGCGCUGAAUUAUUAUAUUCCUAAAUUAAAUUUCAACUAGUACAGAUAUACUGUGUAUAACUUAUUGGCAAAUUCUGUUUCAAGUAGUACUGAUUCAUCCUCUUUUGGACAUGGAUGUUACCUUUCUUAUUAUAUAACACUUGAAUUUACGGCCACAGUACGGCCACAGUGCAAAGUUUAGAAAAUUACCAAUACCUACAUUGAGAGUCAGUGUAAGGUGUGAAUGCUAAACAAACAUGGAUAUGAAGAAAUUGUUAUAGAAAAGAUCAUUGAUUUCUUUUGACUAUGUAUCUUUGUCAGAUUUCGUCAUCAGCAUGAUUUUGGACCUUGAAAAUCAAGUAUCUAUCUAUACAAUCUCAACCUAAAACGAAUGACCUCAGGAAAAAUUACAGCUUAUUUUAUAUACACAGAAUAACUUAGUGAUCUUACUAUGUAUUCUGAAGGUUCAUGUUUAUGAUAGAGUGUUUUGGAUCUUCAUUUCUUUUCUCAACUCUAUAACUUUACCCCAAAUUGUUCUUUGUUCUGCUUUCCAUUUUUAUUUUAAAAUUUCCACAUCAGGGAGACUUUAAUCUUAGUGAUUCAGGAAUAGAAGACUCCAUUAUCCUUUUAAAAAACUAAGUCUUUUUUAAACUUCAGAGUAGAAUUUAUAAAAAGAUGUUAUGUCAUCUGCCAACUGAUUUAAUAUAAUUCUUGUUUGUUUAUUCUUAUGCUUUUCUUCAAUAAUCCCUUUGCCCUUGAAAAAUUGUAGCAAAAUUAUGUGAUCAGAAAAAAUAUUUAAAAGUGAAACUCCUUAUUUGUUUUUUUUUAGAAGAACAUAGCUACCAGUGGUUCAAGGGGUGCAUCAUGUUAAAAUGAAAUAACUGCAAUAUGAAAAAUUAUGUGGUAAUUUGGAUUUCUGCUUCCGCUUUAACUUAGGGUUUUUUUGUUUCUGUUUUUUUUUUUUAUUCAAGCAUAAUUUUGAGUAUGCCAUAUGGAAUUCAGGAGUAUUGCAGAUGCCUGCUGCUAGUAAACUGGUGCCCAGCUAAUAUUUAAAAUAACAGUUUUUUUAGCAUUUUCAAAGAGACAUUGGGUUAAUGGUUUUCUCUGCCUAUAUGCCUCUCCCCAAAUUCUCUUUGUUUUUCACAUUAUUUCUUUCUACAGCUAAUAGAGCCUAAAACUUCAUCGAGGAGUCUUCUGAUAAGAGUUUCUGUCUCAGAGUUUCUGUAUUCUCUCUAACAGAUAGUACUUGCUGGCACCUGCUGUGGAAAUAAUAUACCACAUAUCUGGUGGGCUGUCCAGUUUAAGGUUGCAGAAAGGCCUAUGUCUCACUCAGGUACAGAUGAGUUGUUAAAAUAACCAGCUCUGCUGUUUUAAAAAAAAAUAACAAUUUAAAUGCACUCACAUUCUCAUCAGUACUUCAUCCCAGAAUUGCAUUUCUGUGGAGUGAAGAGCAAAAAAUCACAUACAUAUUCUUAAUAUCUUGAUAUUGUUGUAAUAGUAUGCGAAAAGACUGGUUUGUGACUUAAUUUGUGAGAUUGGUUUUGGCAUUUUAUUUUUAUAUAUAUAUUUUUUCCUGAAAGAAAUUAGAUGUCUAAGUCCAAGAGAGGGCAAAAAAUAAUUUUCUAUUACUUUACCUUGGACUAAUUAUGUAAGGGUUUCUGAAAAUCUAACAUACUGAAUUUAUGAUAUGCUGCCUUAUGGCACUGUGUGUAAACCUUUGUUUUUCUACAAUAAAUUAAUUGAAAAAAUG